GCCUAUCGGCCAAUCUGCUAGGCAAGACAGCAAUUGUCUCUAGGUCUUCAAGAUACAAUCAUCGUUUUAAACAUGGUUUCUAUUAAGAUCAACCCAGGGGCGUCGGUGCGGGUUGUCGCGGUGCCGCCGUGACCAUCACACAUACGUCCGAGGGCUCCAGAGACACAGCACAGAGCGUCGCGGAUGGGAGUCGCCCAACCAACGUGUAUGCAGUCAUCGAAGCCGGAUUGGAGGCCUUUGCGCGAGUCUGGGCCACCGAGAUGGGUCAGGCCCACUGCAUCACCGUCAACUGUGUCAGUCCAGGUCCUAUCGCCACCGGGCAGUUUCAUAAGAGCGCCCUGGAAUUCAAGGACGCAAUGCAGCCGAUGAUUCAGGCGACGUCGACAGAGGCCCGGAUGGGGAGGUCGAUGACAUCGUCCCUUUAGUUAGGUGAGUUCGUUCAUUCUGUUCUCAUUGGUAACUGCUCACACC